UAGCUCGCAAUCUCUAUUUGACGUGGCCACAGAGGGCAAAAAAUGUACUCCAUCGAGCGCAAACCUCGAUCGAAAGAAUCUCUACGAACCAAGUAUCGGCUUCUACAGAGGGAUAUUAGACGACACUGCCCUCCGCUUCGCAGGUCCUCCUCGCGGCGCAGGCGGCGAAUCCCCAGGCCACCGGUUCAAGAUCGGCGAGGCGCUUGGCUCAAUCAUGUCUCGAUCAGCACCCCCACCCCUUCCCAGUACAAUCCAGGCGGGAGCCCUCGGUCGAUGGGCGUGAGGCGACCAGCCCCUGCACGCGUCGCCGGUCCGCAGCACGACG